GUGAAGUGUUCCUGCUGCUUGAGGAAUACUGCUCCAUGAGGCUGUGGCAGAGGUCACUGCAGUCGUCACAGCGGAGGUCUCGGAAGAGGUCUCGGAAGAGGUCACGGAAGAGGUCACGGAAGAGAGGGAAGAAGAAGUCCAGCAGGACUGAUCAGAGACUCCAGCAGGCUGGAAACCAUGAAGACACAAUGGUGGAGCUUCACUCGGGCCCAAGACCUUCUUCUCAGGACCCAGUUUUGAUGUCUCCAGCCACAAGUGCUCCGGAGCUGAAUCAGCUGGGCCAGAGGGUCUCUGAGAUCGACUUGGAAGGAUUUCUAUUUGAAGCAAAACAAUCGGCAUCGGGAAGAUGGUCCGACCAUACCAACCAUAAGGAGCACUGGAGGGAUUCCAGCCAAAGGCCUGGUGUUAUACGUGGCCAGUCUGCUGUGCCUCCAACCAUACGUCGGCGUGCAGUGGCAGAGCGGCUGGUGCAGAUCAACGAAUCAGCACUGAUCACUGACGUGUACGUGCAGGACCAGGAUGGAAACUGGUCCUGCCUUAGGCAGCACUGGAGGGAUUCCAGCCAAAGGCCUGGUGUUAUACGUGGCCAGUCUGCGUCCUGCCGUGAAGAGGGCUGGGAUGUCACUGACAGGCCUGCUGUUGUACAGAAACAGUCUGGAGCAGGGUUCUGGACUCGGUGCCACACUGCCACAUCUUUUGAAAUUCUAGAGCUCAAAGGUGCAUCGUUCAGGAAACAAGGACCAGAGGCAGCUCCAGUCAAACAUCGGCCCGUGGCGGUGAAGAUCAAAGAAUCAGCACCGUCCCCCGAGGAUGACGUGAAGGACCAGGAUGAAAUCAUUCAGAGACUGGCGGAGCUGGUGAUGAUGUUUGGGGACGGCAUUGAUAAGAAGAUCCAACAGGACAAAGUCCUGCUGCAGAACCUCUCUAACCUCACCUACAACUCGUACGUGAAUUUGAUGUCUGUCACCCAACAAAAGGGCCAGGUGACAGAGUCCGAGAAGGAGAUCCGGAAGCAGAAGAUCGCCUGGGCCUUUGAGUUGACCACCAGGCUGUCGUCCCUGGGCGUCGUCCAGCGGAGGAAACUGCUGAGCUUCGGGGAGCAAUACAUCCAGCAGCAACACUCUGCCUGGGUGCAACAGCAGGGAGGCUGGGACGAAGUGUUUGACAUCGACUGAGCUGCACAGAUCUACGAGUCCUGAGGAUGACCCUUCAUUUAUUCCAGAGAUGGAUGUAAUGAUGCUAUUUUUUUUUCCAUCAUAUUUUUGUAAAGUCACAGUUAAAUUUGAGCUGGGAAAUGAAAACAUGACAGUGGGAGAGUGAGGCAGCCUGAAGCUCAACUCAGACUGCGCUUUGGCAGUGACAUG